AUGUCUUCUCAAAAGCUCUUCUCAGCUUUCUUUCUCCAAGUGAUCCUUGCCACUUUGGUCUUAGGCGUGGCAAAUGUGCAGUGCUUGAAACUUGGUUUCUACAAGAAAACAUGUCCUGCAGCUGAGGAUAUCGUGCGAAAGACUACGGCCCAAUACAUUUCAAAAGCACCAACUCUUGCAGCUCCUUUGCUGAGAAUGCAUUUUCAUGACUGUUUUGUUAGGGGAUGCGAUGGUUCGGUUCUAUUGAAUUCAACAAAGAAUAACCAAGCUGAAAAGGAUGCAAUCCCCAACCUAAGCCUCAGAGGUUACCAUGUUAUCGAUGCAGCAAAAUCUGCAGUGGAAAAGAAGUGUCCAGGAGUGGUUUCUUGUGCUGACAUCCUAGCCCUUGUAGCUAGAGAUGCAGUUUCAAUGAUCAAUGGACCGUAUUGGAAAGUCCCUACAGGUAGAAGGGAUGGAAAAGUAUCAGUUGCCUUGGAGGCCUUAAUAAAUUUGCCACCUCCUUUCGCCAACAUUACUCAACUAAAAUCAAUGUUCCACUCAAAGGGUCUGUCUGUAAAAGACCUAGUAGUUCUAUCAGGUGGACACACAAUUGGGAUCUCUCACUGUUCAUCCUUCACCAACCGCCUAUACAACUUCACUGGAAAAGGUGACACUGACCCCUCCAUGGAUCCCAACUAUGUGAUUCAGUUGAAGAAGAAAUGCAGGCCGGGAGACGUUACUACAAUAGUAGAGAUGGACCCUGGAAGCUUCAAAACAUUCGAUGGAGACUAUUACACUAUGGUGGCUAAGAGAAGAGGCCUUUUCCAAUCUGAUGUAGCUCUUCUUGAUGAUGUUCAGACUAGAAAAUAUGUAAAACUUCACUCAUUUUCCCAUGGAAAGAGUUUUGGGAAAGAUUUUGCAGCAUCCAUGGUCAAAAUGGGAAAGGUUGGAGUGCUGACAGGCAAGGCGGGUGGAAUCAGGAAAUACUGUGCUUUUGUCAAUAAAUAA